AUGCCUGUCCGCGUCCCCAAACUCCCCGCUGCCAAGCCCUCAGAAAUCUUCUGCAUGGGUGCAGCCGGUGUUGGCGUUUUGACACCUCUCUAUCUUGUCAUGCCUGGAGCUGAGGAGCGCUUAUCCAACCAGACCAAUAAGUGGGCUCCACGAUGGGAGAGGAACGUCAGCUACUUCAUUCCUCCCAUGGAGAAGGGCGUCCAGCGCAUCGAGCCUCCUGUGUCCAGAAUGGUCCAACGUGUGGAGGACCGUCUUCCCCUCGAAAAGAUGGCCAAGUCAGUCGACAAGGGUAUCCGAAGUGGUAUCGCCCGAUUCAAUGGCGAGAAUAAGCCCUAA